CCCCUCACAUCCCUCGCCAUGGCUCUUCUGAACGGGUCGUUCGCGACCUUCCUGAUCGUAUGCCCAACGUGCUUCUUCCUGGGCAUCAUCUUCUCCCUCUUCCCCUACGACUACCCAAUCCUCUGGUCCACCGUACCAACCCCGGCCUCGCACUAUGACUACCUGGAAGCGCACCUCCGCUUCCUCCACGCCUCACCCCCGCUCAUCCCGCGCAUCCUCCACAUCGUAAUCUUCCUCGGCCUUGCAGGCCUAGUCUCCAAGCUCUACCGCCCCUCCGAAUCAAACAUGCUCUUCGACGGCGCCUCCCUGGUCCUCUACAUGUGCGGCGUCACGGUCUACAUCGCCAACAUCGUCAAGGGUCUCCGUCUCGCCUCCGCGGGCCAGUACGGUAACGACCUCGCCGCGAAUCCGGAAGAUAAGGACCAGAUCCUCGGUCGCGAGGACUCGCUCAAGGUCCUCGCCGCUAGUAAUACCAUCCUUGCUCUUGUGCUCGUUGGUAUCCUCGUUCUCCAGGCUGGUCAAUGGUAUGCCGAGCGCAAGGAUGCGCAGGAGUUCGAGUCCCUGGCCAAGGGUAAGAAGAGUGAUAAGGACGAGGCUGAGGCUACUGCCUCAGGUUCGUCGAAGCCUGGUCGCCAGGCAAGCCAGCGUAAGAAGAGCAAUUAG